UGGCGGGGUUCGGCUUUUCCCCCCUGCCCAUCAGGGUGGGGUGGCAUCUCGCCCGCGGAUUCAUGAGCACGAGCCCCCGGAAGCUCUGGGCACACUUUUACGCGGUCUCGGUGUGCUUUUGUAUUAGACACGGGCGAUGCAACAAAGUAGCCGCCCUGAAAACUAGUAGCGAGUAAAACCCAACCUCGAACCUACUUCGGGUUUGUUACUAUUUUGGCAAUGAAGUUGCUCUAGAAGAAGCAGGCAUCUUUCUAAGAGUUUGAUAACCGUUGCAAUUAGUGUGCGUUGCGGGGUUAAGUCCGAGGAAGCUCAUUAUUAUUUUAAGAGUCCAGAAGGCUGUAAUUUUGUUCAAUCUUUGGGACUUACUUUGGUCUGUAUCCCCUUUCCCCUCCACCCCCUCCCCACACACUUUGUGUUCACUUACACAUCUACUUGUGUAAGCUGUACAGGUCUCCACACACAAAAGAGGCUUAGUGUUGGGGGUGGAGUAAUUUUUAAAACUAUGAAACCAAGAGUUUUUCCUUAAGAGUAUAUAUAUACACCCAUCGCGUCUCGGCCUUUUGGCUAAGAUCAAGUGUAGUAAGAGUACAAACCUAUUUUGCCUCUUUCUCCAUUUGUGUUACGAGUUCCAAAGCAAGUAAGGAUUUCCUACCGGAGAUGCCCGAUGUUAAAUAUUUAUUAUAUUUUUGGAGACUUUAGUCCCGAUGAGUUCAAUCAGUUCUUCGUGACACCUCGUUCUUCAGUAGAGCUCCCCCCAUACAGUGGAGUCCUGCACGGUCCCCACCCUGAAGAGGAAAGCCCCGAAGGACCAGACUACCAGAGAAUCGAAUUUGGGGUGAACGAAGUGGAUGAACCCAGUGACACGUCGCCGAGAACCCCCAGCUACAGUAUUUCAAGCACACUGAACCCUCAGGCCCCGGAGUUUAUCCUUGGCUGUACAGCUUCCGCAAAGGCCUCUGAUGAUGCAGACAAAGAGACAGACUGCAGCUCGCGUGAGCGCCCUUUCCCAGGCUCGCUGGCUGCUGUGGAUGGUAGUUCCCACCCGGAGGCUGAAGGCCUGGCUGACGAUGGUGGCCCCGGUGGUCUUGGGCAGAGGGAGCGGAAGAAGAAGAAAAAACGGCCACCUGGGUAUUACAGCUACUUGAAAGAUGGUGGUGAUGAUAGUAUUGUUGCAGAGACCCUGGUCAACGGCCACGCCCAUGCCCACCCGGUCAUCCCUAACAGUGUGGGCUCCGAGGACACCGAGUUUCUGGGCGAUGUGGCCCCGCUGGUCACCGCCAGGACUUGUAACAGCCCUGAGGAUUCGUUGGACUUCAUCAGUGACUCCCUGCAUGACGGGCUGUUCCCCCAAGCACUGGACAGCCAUGCCAGGACUGCAGGGCAGCCCGAGCCAUGCCCCCUGGCUGACUUUGAGCAGGCCUGCCUCUCCACAGAGGCUGGUCAGGAUGGCCUGUUACGGACAGCCGUAGCCCAGCCCUUUGCUGGGACUGAUACUACUGAGAGCCUUGGCAUUGCCAAUGGACAAAUACUUGAAUCCUCGGGCGAGGCCCCAGCUGCCAAUGGGGUGGAGUUACCCAUAGUGGAAAGCUUGGACGCAGAGCCCGCCCAGCCUCAGAGCACUUCCUCCCUGGCUGACCCCACAGGCUUGGUGGCAGGCUCUGCACCCACCAGCCAGCCGACCAAGUCUUGGGCUAGUCUGUUCCAUGAUUCCAAGCCCCCCCCUUCCUCGCCCAUGGCGUACGUGGAAACUAAGUAUUCCCCUCCAGCCACCUCCCCCCUGGUCUCUGAAAAGCAGGUGGAAGUCAAAGAAGGGCUUGUGCCGGUCUCAGAGGAUCCCGUAGCCAUACAGAUCGCAGAGUUACUGGAGAACGUCACCCUCGUCCAUAAGCCAGUGUCGCUGCAACCUCGUGGACUGAUCAACAAAGGCAACUGGUGCUACAUUAACGCUACACUGCAGGCCCUGGUCGCGUGCCCUCCGAUGUACCACCUGAUGAGGUUCAUUCCUGUGUAUUCCAAAGUGCAGCGGCCGUGCACUUCCACACCCAUGAUCGAUAGCUUUGUUCGCUUGAUGAAUGAGUUCACCAACAUGCCGAUACCUCCAAGACCCAGACAGGCUCUUGGGGACAAGAUCGUGAGGGACAUCCGUCCAGGAGUUGCCUUUGAGCCCACGUACAUAUACCAGCUCUUAACAGUGAUCAAGUCGAGCCUGUCUGAAAAGGGCCGCCAGGAGGAUGCUGAAGAGUACCUGGGCUUUAUCCUCAACGGGCUGCAUGAGGAGAUGCUGAGUCUGAAGAAGCUCCUCUCUCCGAGUCACGGCAAGCCCGCCGUCUCCAACGGCCCCAGGAGCCAGGAGGUGCUGGAGGACGAGCAGGAGGAGCCUGGCGAGGGGAGCGAGGACGAGUGGGAGCAAGUGGGCCCCCGGAACAAGAGCUCGGUUACCCGGCAGGCCGAGUUCGGCCAGACCCCAAUCACUGGCAUCUUUGGCGGACACAUCAGGUCUGUGGUUUACCAGCAGAGUUCUAAAGAGUCGGCUACACUGCAGCCCUUCUUCACGCUGCAACUGGACAUUCAGGCUGACAAGAUCCGCACUGUCCAGGAGGCCCUGGAAAGCUUGGUGGCCCGAGAGUCUGUCCAAGGCUACACCACGAAGACCAAGCAGGAGGUGGAGAUCAGUCGCAGGGUGACGCUGGAAAAGCUCCCACCCGUGCUUGUUCUGCACCUCAAGCGGUUUGUGUACGAGAAGACUGGUGGCUGCCAGAAGCUUGUCAAGAACAUCGAGUAUCCCGUGGACUUAGAGAUCAGCAAAGACCUGCUCUCUCCGGGGGUGAAGAAUAAGAAUUUUAAAUGCCACAGAACCUACAGGCUCUUUGCAGUGGUCUACCACCAUGGGGACAGUGCCACAGGUGGCCACUACACGACCGACGUCUUCCAGAUCGGCCUCAACGGCUGGCUCCGCAUCGACGACCAGACGGUCAGGGUGAUCGCCCAGCACCAGGUGGUGAAGCCCACGGCCGAGCGCACAGCCUACCUCCUGUACUACCGCCGCGUGGACCUGCUCUAGCCGCUGCGCCCCAAGGACACGCUCCGCUCGCCCCUGCCCCCUUCUGCUGCCGUGCGCUAGAGCGGGACUUUGUGCUCAGCUAGUGUCUUUUACUUCCAGACCAUUCGGUUGAAAUAGACUUAAUGGAUUUCAAACCAGCUGCACACCACGCCCUCGUUUCCCAGAUGCCGCCCCCCGCGGUGGGAGGAGCGUCUGCAUCCGCCCCGCGGCUGCCAUGUCUGUCCGUGGCUGGAAGUGUUGCCCUCCCUCAAAAUGGAAGCAUUUCCUCGGUCACGCGCCACGCCCCCCUCCCCCCUCCCCCGUUUUUGAUGAAUGAGAAGAGAAGCAGCCAGUCGCCAGGAGAGAAGUAGCCCGACAAAAAGCGCCAACACCACAAGUCCGCUGCUGGUUCCCGUGACUCCUCGUCAGGCGGGCGAGGAGAGCCGCCGACGUGCGCACUGCAGACGCUCUGCAGACGCGCUGUUUGGAACUAAGGUGUCAGCCCACAUAGACGGUGAGUGUAACUUUAUUGCCAUUAAACGAUUCCAAAUUGCAUUCACGCUUCUGUGUACACGUAAUGAAAAAACGGGCAAAAUGAAGACUGAUCUUCCCCACAUGUGCUCUGUGUAAUUCUGCCGUCUGCUUCCUCCUGCUGCUCUCAUGUCCACAGUCCAGUGGUACCUUGGAGCACAGCGUUGUUGCCUGCCCACCAAUAAAAAUCACAAAGUUGG